AUCUAGUGCAUGUUCUUUUUAGAAUCUUCUUUUUUGGCGUUGCACUUCUUCCAGAUCCGGUUCUCCAUGUCAUUCGUUGACACCCCCCUCGGCCUACUAAGCACAUUCUCCAUACCGCUUCUUGUGGCGGGCCUGCUGGGAAUGGGCCUGCUCUCAUGGAUCCGCCCUAAUGGCCGGAUCACAUACUAUCAUGCGAAAGAUAAUAACCUCUUACUGGCCACAAAGGCGGGAAAGUCCAGAUCCCAGGCGCAAGUGACUCUGGCAGACCUGUGUCGCACUGCCACUCCCAAGACGUGCCAGCUGAACCCCUUCCUUUUCAAUGGUCAUCUUCAGACUGCCUGGACGACCGCGAAGUUUGAUAAUGUUCCGGUACACUACAAGCGCUGGAUGUUCGAGGCUGAGAACCCGAUGUUGUCUGGGCACUUUGCGAUAGACUUCGUGGUAGAUCCGUAUGAGCCGCCCAGCGACGCUCAUGCGACUGAUAGCGAGAGGAAAUAUACUCAGCCGUCAGGGCUACCCGAACGGACGUCAUUCUUCUCGGAAGAUGAAUUUGCUGCGCUUCCCUCGGACGACACCAAGCCUAUGCUCGUGGUUCUCCAUGGCCUAAGCGGCGGAUCACAUGAACUUUAUCUGCGCCAUGUGAUUGCACCUCUUAUCAAGGAUCAGACCUGGGAAGCUUGUGUCGUCAACUCCAGAGGCUGCUCGCAAACCAAGAUUACGACUGGUGUGCUUUACAAUGCUCGCGCUACCUGGGACAUUCGUCAGGCUGUCAAAUGGCUACGGAAGACUUUUCCGAAUCGCCCCUUGUUUGGAAUUGGUUUCUCGCUCGGCGCGAACAUUCUUGCUAAUUACUUGGGUGAGGAGGGCGAUGCCUGCGAGUUGAAGGCCGCGGUACUCUGUGCUAGCCCUUGGAACCUCGAAAUUGGCUCCCUAAAUCUGCAAAGCACCUUGAUUGGUCGCGAGGUCUAUAGUAAAGUAAUGGGUACGAGCAUGAAGGAUCUGUUUGAACGACACGUGGAGCAGGUCUCCAAGAACCCGCGAAUCGACGUUGACGAGGUGAGGAAUAUCACUUAUUUGCAUGAGUUCGACCGGGCUUUGCAAUGUGCCUCGUGGGGCUACCCUACUGAAGGAGCAUACUAUCGCGAUGCUUCUUCUACCGAUGCUAUGCUGGGUAUUCGUAUUCCAUUCUUUGUUAUACAAGCCGAAGACGACCCGAUUGCCUGUGCUGCCGCACUGCCAUUCCAGGAGAUGACGCAAACCCCGUACGGCGUGAUGAUGACUACCUCUUGGGGUGGACAUCUUGGCUGGUUUGAGCUUGGAGGUGGGAGGUGGUUUGUGAAACCGGUGGCGAAUUUCCUGAACCUCAUGGCGAAGGAGGUCGACCUUACCGUGCCGUUCAAGGUUGAGGAUCCCGAGAAGAUUCCCGGUCAUCUUGCCCACCAUACGGGUCCCGAAAAGGACGCAGAUACGGCACCAAAGCCGAAAUUCAUUCCUGCGCAACGCAAGCUCGACCUGCAAAUCAGGCCCUAGUCAACAAAUAUUGCAUAACCGAACUGCUCCCAUUGAUAGGAUCAGUGCUUCAAUUGGAGAGAUGCUCAUCAUGUGUCAUGCACGCCGUUGUUUCGGAAGACAUAGACCAGUAUAACGCCGGAGACCCAUCUAACUACAUAGACCCGGUAUAGACAGAAUUACUUUUGUACAUAGAAUUUCAAGCAAAUGCAACACUCUUCUUCUUUCCUUUUG